CAAGCGCAGAACCCAACGGCUUUGCGUGCUUUAUGAAGCACGGAAGUAUAUUCACUGCCAUGAUUUCCGAAUUGAAAAAUUUUCGACAGAAAAACCCCUUUUAAAUUCCGCCCUGGAGUUUGAACCUAGUACUAGGGUUUGCAGUCUUAUUAGGCACUAGAUUGGACCAACAAGACAGCUUAGUAAAAUAAAAAGAAUGAAAAAUAUCCUAUAUUUAUUGCUUAUAUAACAAGUACACAUUGAUAAAUAACAACCGUCAUAAUCUGACACCGCAAACGUAUGACCUAAAUAUAAAGUGUACAAGAACCCUCUACUUUUCCCAACAAACAUAACUUUAAACUCUCCAACGCUAAAGAGAACAUUUAUUCCCAUUCAGUAAUUGAUAUUUAUUAUUUUGACACCAAUGCAAUUCACAUAGCGAUGUGUGAUGCUGAAUUGUACACGCGUUUAAAUCAGUCAAACGGUGCCCAUCGGGGGCGCAUCAUGCCUUCCACCCAAGGGGUCUUACAGAACCACCUAUAACUUUCAACCCUUUACUACCGGGAUGGGACCAAAUGUAAAUAUUAUCCCUUUGACAUAUUUAUUCGGGCCGCAAUGGCUCUUGAAAUGAAAGGGCUCCUCCUUAUAUUGUUUUGCGUACUCUGCGUUGGAACUGGGAACGAAAGCCUUGAAAUUUUCGACGUACUCUCGGUGGUGCAAGAUGGCACAUUACCUGAAGGAGUAACAAGAGUGCCAGGCCGCUGUCAGUCGCCUGGCACACCCGAAAACGAAUCAACGGCCUUCUCUCUCAACGAAAACGCGACCCUUCACCAACUAGCGGCUGGGAUGUUCUUUAACACCUUCCCUGAAGACUUCUCAAUAUUAGCAGUUGUACGUUUACCGGCAGGUACAGACCAGAAUCCUCUAUUUGUUCUGUAUUCGGAUGCUGGCGAUGAACAAUUGCAGUUGGUUAUUGGUGAGCUCAUAGAGUUGUACUACGAGGACACACGAGGCCAGCCUGAAGAUCACGAGCUGCUCACCUAUCGUGUUAAUAUUGCUGAUGAAAAGUGGCAUAGAGUAGCAGUUAGCAUUAAAGGUGAUUCCGUAACACUACUCGUUGACUGCGAGAUCAGAGGCACGAUUCCUCUACGGCGACAUCCUGGCAGCACCUUUAAUUUAGCUGGAGUUUUAGUCGUCGGCACACAAGUAACACCUGACCAGUAUUAUGAGGGCGAUAUUGAAUUGCUCCAGUUCGCUAAUCAACCGGACCUUGCGUACGACAUGUGUAUAACUGUAGCACCAGAUUGCGGAUCAUUUGGAUCAUACGACUAUGGAUCAUUGAAUUCGGGGAAUGAAUUUGAUAAGACACCUGAUUACGAUGUUUCUGUGCAUGCUACACAACCAUCGGUUAAUGAAAAUGAGAGAUAUGACAAAUUUGGACAAAGAUUAUUCACUGAUAAAAACCAAUCUGAAACCUUAUGGGCAGCUGCUAGCAGAGAUCUUACGACGACAAGGCCAUAUUGGCAAGUGCCUGAUUCUUAUGGUUUUACGGCACCUUAUCCAGUUUCCACCGACGAAGAUGAAAACAGCAUUUUUGGCAGAUUUACGGAUACAGACGAAUACAAUCCAACACCCUCUAGUAUUGAAGUCAGUCCUACCGGAUCUUCCGGUAUUGUCACCGUUACGCCAAAAAGAGAUACCGACGGCGAUACGGAAACCCCUACGCUUACCACGACGGAAUCAUCCUACACGCCUUUCACAACGACCGAAGAUACGGAUUGGCUUACACAUCCACCAAGCUUUAUCGAGGGCAACGGAUCAUCAAGGUACGAUUCAUCGGAUACUUACUACGACUAUGGAAGUACAGGGACAUAUAUGGGUCCACGUGGAUAUCCUGGGCCCCCAGGUCCACAAGGUCCAAGAGGGCCUAAAGGUGAACCGGGUAAGCCCGGUGGAGAGGGCCAACAAGGAUUUCCUGGAGCUCCAGGACAUGUUUUUGUAGUUCCAAUACAACAACCGGGCAAUGAAAAAGGACCUGAUGCACAAUCUGAAGCACUUCGUCAAAUACUUACUCAACACAUGGCAGCAAUGAGAGGAGCUGAGGGCCCUAUGGGCCUUACCGGACCACCUGGUCCAGAAGGAGAUAUCGGGCCAGAAGGUUCAAAGGGCGAGCCGGGAGAUCAAGGAGAACCAGGACCACCAGGCCCAAGAGGCUCACAAGGACCACCGGGGCGAUUGGGUCGAAGAGGCCACGCAGGUAGAGAUGGAGAACGGGGAUCUUCCGGACCUUCUGGCCAGAAAGGGGAUCAAGGAUAUCCUGGACAAACAGGGAUGCCUGGCGAUAAAGGAGAGAGAGGCACACCAGGGCAACAAGGAGAAGCUGGUGCUCCUGGACUUGAUGGAGCACCGGGUGAUGAUGGACCACCUGGACCACCAGGAUUAUCCGGUGAACUGGGCCCAAGAGGUUUCACAGGCCCUCGAGGAUUUCCGGGAUUAAUCGGAUAUCCCGGUAUACCGGGUAACGAGGGACCACAAGGAACUAAAGGAGCAGCAGGACAGCCUGGCUCACCUGGAUCACCAGGCCAACCAGGCCCUAUAGGUCCUGCUGGCUCACCUGGACCACAGGGUUCUAUCGGUGCUCCAGGCAUUCAAGGUCCACAAGGUAAACCUGGCAUGUCGGGACUUCCAGGCCCCGAAGGCUCACCAGGAACUCCUGGAACACCUGGACAACAAGGUUCACCUGGUGAAGUAGGAUCACCAGGCCCACAGGGAAUGUUAGGCUUUCCGGGGUCUCGAGGAUUAAAAGGCGACGAAGGACCAAGAGGCUUAUCUGGUGAAAAAGGAGACAAAGGAAUCAGAGGACUUGAAGGAGAAAAGGGUGAAAUAGGACCUAAAGGAGAACGUGGAUUACUUGGUGAGUCUGGGCCACCAGGCAUUGAAGGACCUGAAGGACAAAAAGGUACAGAAGGACCUAGAGGAGAAACGGGAUCUAUUGGUCCUUCCGGCGAAAAGGGCGCAACUGGACCUCAGGGCCCUUCUGGAUAUCCUGGAACUCAAGGAGAAAAGGGAGACAAAGGAGCGGCUGGGAGACGUGGACGACGAGGAACAAAAGGAAUAAUGGGAUUGAUUGGAGUACCUGGAGAUCGUGGUGAAGGCGGACCGAGGGGUUAUCGAGGUCCACGUGGACGUAGAGGAUCCGAUGGACCGCCAGGUCCUAAAGGUGAUACGGGGCAACCUGGUCCCCCUGGUUCUAUUGGUGAACGUGGCCCCCAAGGAUUAGAAGGUCCACGCGGUUUUCCUGGCAAUAUGGGACCACCUGGCGCAGAUGGCAAACCCGGGUUGCCUGGAACACCAGGAGAAAGGGGACCUACGGGAGAGAUCGGAUCAUCGGGGUUACCUGGACCUCCUGGACUAACUGGGCCACAAGGACAAUCCGGUGAUCCUGGACCACCUGGACUUCAAGGUCCUUCUGGUAUACCAGGAACACCAGGAGAAAUAGGAGCGCCCGGUGAAAUGGGUAAAGACGGUCCCCCAGGACCAUCUGGUCCCGAGGGUAAACCUGGACCUGUCGGUCCUCCGGGCUCACCCGGACCUAACGGUGAACCAGGAUUACCAGGAGUGCCUGGAACACCUGGAUCUAAAGGUGACCUUGGUCCACCAGGUCCACAAGGUGUAAGAGGUGAAAAAGGUGAGCAAGGAGAGGCUGGACAGGAAGGAUUACAAGGUCCUACGGGCCGCGAAGGACCACGAGGAUCUCCAGGGCCAGGUGGACAAAAGGGAGAAAUUGGUGAACCUGGACCUAUGGGUCCUGCCGGUCGAGACGGUUUACCUGGACCAAGAGGAUUGACUGGCACUCCAGGUCCUGUGGGUCCCCCAGGAGAAGAUGGUGACAAAGGAGACGCAGGACCUCCAGGAGAAAAGGGCUUCAAGGGUGCAAUGGGAGAACCCGGUCCCAUUGGCUCACCAGGAAUACAAGGUUUAAGAGGGGAGCCGGGUCCUGUUGGACUACCAGGAGAUAAGGGUCCACAAGGUGAUCCCGGACCACCUGGAAUCCCUGGAACUGACGGCACUCGAGGACCCGCUGGACCUCCGGGAAAAAAUGGACCAGAAGGCUCUAAAGGCGAUCAAGGAUUAAAAGGAGAUAGAGGAGAUAAUGGACCUAUAGGGCCACCUGGACCUGCUGGUCUUACUGGGCCUCCUGGGCGACGAGGUCCAAAGGGAAAUCAGGGGGAACAAGGCCUUAGAGGACCCGUAGGAGAGCAGGGAGAAGUAGGGAAUCCAGGUGCUACUGGACCACAAGGGCCUCAAGGACCAGAAGGAAAAAAUGGACCGAGAGGACCUGCAGGACCAAAAGGGGAUGAUGGAGCACCGGGACUCCAAGGUGAAACAGGUUCUAAAGGACUUCCUGGACCGGAGGGACCUAAAGGAGACCCUGGACCACCUGGUUUUCCCGGAGAUCGAGGCGAACCAGGGCCACAAGGAAUAAAGGGUGAACCAGGUUCAGAUGGCCCAGAGGGUAGUACAGGACCACCCGGCCCACCUGGACCUACUGGACCAAUAGGAAAACCAGGCGAAACUGGAAUGCCCGGCAGCCCCGGCACAGAAGGUCCAGCAGGAGCUCAAGGAAGCCCUGGAUUACCAGGUGAAAAGGGAGAUACUGGUCCUAAAGGUUCUCCGGGUGAUGUGGGCCCCGCUGGUGCGAUUGGAGUGCCUGGACCAGAAGGUCAACGAGGAUUAAGAGGACUUCCUGGUCCACCAGGUGAUGUAGGACCACCUGGAUUUAUGGGACCAUCCGGCCCACCAGGUAUCUCUGGACCACCAGGCCCACAAGGAAUGAAGGGUGACAAGGGAAAUAGAGGACCAAAAGGGCAUAUUGGAGAAACUGGGCCAAUGGGUAUUAAAGGAGAUCAGGGAGAAGUAGGAAAACAAGGCCCACAGGGUCCUAUUGGCCUUGCUGGACCAAAAGGCGACAUGGGUCCUAUCGGACCUGCGGGUGGUAAAGGUGACGUUGGUGCUCCUGGGCCAGUCGGAGCAGAAGGUCCUCUCGGUCCUAAAGGUUCACCUGGACCUGAAGGUCGACCGGGUCUGCCUGGACCACCAGGAGCUCCUGGACCUCCAGGACCUCCAGCAUUAGCCCCACAAUUACCCGCAGGGUUAUUCAUGUCUAGUAGAAAAAGACGGAGCAUAGAUGAAGAGACUUUGGAGACUGCGACAGAAGACAUUUUCGAUGACGCCGAAGAAGAGUGGGCGCAUGAAAUCAUGUCAGGCGUUAUCGCCGCACGAACAGCUAUGGAAACCGCAAGAAGGCCCUGGGGUACGAGAUCCAAUCCUGCGCUCUCUUGCAAAGAUCUACGGACUUCACAUGUUAAUUUGACUGACGGUUACUACUGGGUUGACGCACGAGGGGGCAGUGGACGUCCAAUUCGUGUGUACUGCAAAGAACACAAUACCUGUCUGUUUCCUGACCAUAUGAAUCCUUCACUAUAUUCCGAUGCUUCUGCACAUAAAUUCUCACAAAUAGAAAAUGGAUUUAGGAUUACAUAUGAUAGCGAAGGUUCUGGCUCCAUACAACUUCGUUUUCUUCGACUACUUUCAAACGGUGCGAGACAGAACUUCACCUACACCUGCGUUAACACCCAAGCUCCACAGAGGUCAGACAUACCGUCUGAUUUAAUAAGAGUGAAUGAACUAAAACUAUUUGGACAAAACAAUGUAGAGUUUAAAGAGCCUAAGAUAAUAAAGGACAACUGCAAGGAUGGAACCGGUGAAAUAGUUCUUGAAGUGAAGACAUCUCGCAGCGAUAGAUUGCCAAUUAGUGAUUUUCAGCCACUCUCGUUUGUAGACGCUGAACAUGAGUUCUCAUUUACAGCUGGACCAAUAUGUUUCAACUAGAGGAAUGUAUACAUUAUGUACUUAAGCUUUGAUCAUUGUAAAUAUUGUAAAUAAAUGUUGUGACGACUAAAUAUUA